UUACUCUCCCCCAUUGAACCCCGCAACACAAUCCCAUUACCUCUCAAUAUUAUUAAAAAAAAGAAAAAAAAAUGGCAAGUUCAGGUACAACUAAUCAGCUUCGUCAAGCCUUUCAAUUCUGUACUCCUUCUGGACAACCCUAUCACUCCGAUAUUGUCCGCCUCAAUGUUUGUAAAGACAUCGAGACAGGAGAGCAUUUCGUGCUCUGGAAAGAUAUUCAGCACGUUUUCUCUAACGUUCAACACAUUCAGCACGGCAACAAAACCGUUCUUUUCCAGACUGACAAGAACGGUCAAUUUCUUGAGCCACAAAGGAUUCAAUACCACUGUGGAGUUGUCCUAGACGCAAUAGUAGGACCAUCUGCGCCAUUGCAUGGCACUACCAUAUCCGAUAUUACCCCUGCUGCGUCACCCAAGCCAACCUCACUCGAUCUAACAUCCCUUGAAAUUGAAGCCCUGGCUAUCCAAGACAUAAACCUGGACCCUCACCCAUCUUUUUACAACCAUGAAAUUCCCGAUUCCUUUCCUCAGCCUUCUGAAAAGAAGGAUACGACUAUCAAUAGUAGUAUCUGCGAAGGAGUGAACAACGGCAAAGAAAUAGUAGAGCAGCUUCUUGAUGACCAUCAUGGGGUUAUAUCGCACAACAAAACCGAGCAAUAUACAAUGGCCGAAAUACAGAAGAGGAUGGGAAAAACUCAACAGCAACAACGGAAGACAACUGAAACAACGGAUCUGACUCCUAAGGAGGCACUUCAAGUACAGCACCAUCGUCAUUUUCAAGCCCCUAAGUGUCCUGACAUUAUUUACAGCCGCAUUCACAGUAUUAUUAGUCAAACACACGAGCCACAUAGAGACCCAACCCCUCGUCUGUUUAUUGUCCUUCCCAAAUCGAACUAUCAAAGCUAUCAAAACAACAAUGCACUCAAGCCAUUCUCCUACCAGUUCAAGGUCUAUUUCAUAUGUGAGUGCGGUGCACAUACCAUGACCAACACCAAUUAUGGUGCUACUCUAAACGAGACUCAUCUGGUCAACCAUCCAGGGUAUGACUUGGAUAGGCCUGAGGAGUUCUUUGAAAGAUAUGGCCCCUAUGUCCUUGUGAUGUUACAGAUGGUCAAGUAUGGGUAUCGAAGUGCGGAAACCAUUGUUCCGCCGCUGGCUCAUUGUGGUAUGGUCAAGGAGAUGGACUGUGGCCCAAAGUACCUCAAGGCCACUGCGAGUGCGUUCGGGUCUCUGAUCGACUGGAUGAUCGAGUAUAUUCAGAAACAGAUUGAGGCUGGCUCCAAGUCUUUGGAAACGCAAUCAGACACAUACAAAGAAUUCAAGUCCGAGGAUCUGCAAGAACUUGAAUGCCAUUUGAUUAUGAGAGAUGACAGUCGUACUCCUGGUAACCUAUAUAGGAUGAUCACAGACGAAGGGCAUUCCAAGUGGGUUUGCAGGGAUCACUACGCCAAUGGCUACCGAGCAUGGAUGAUAACGAGUCUGGCACGAUUUGUCGAGGUCUAUAACGGAAGCUAUUUGGAGGAAGUGGGUAAAAUCGAGAUCGCAUUAACAUCUAGAGACAUGGCCAGACAGUUCUAUGAUGCGAUGGUUAAGGCCAGUAGUGUUGUUGAGCUCAACGUUUCAUGGGAUUGGGAUGCUACAGCAGGCGACCUUCAAGAGUUUGCAACAGCUGUCACCAAAGCAAACGUCACUGUAAUGAGCCUAGAUGGGUCGGGUCUUCUAGGGAAAGGCAUGGAUAUGACUGACCGCUUUCGUCCAAUUGUGCAACUUCUAUGCAAUGGACGCAUCCAGUCUAUGUCACUCAUAAGUUUUGAAAAGUUCUUCGAUUGUACAGACACCACAUCCAUGACUUCGGCUCCCAAGCUUCGGCGCCUUUUCCUUGGCACCGGAGUGUUGAAAACCGUCUCGUCCAUCUUUGCUCUGAGAAACGUUCUGGCACACUGUCCUUCCCUAGCAGAUUUGGUUAUAUGUGGGCUGGUACCUGGCAUGGUGCUGGAGAGCUUCGUUGGGCACAAUUCAUUGAUGGUUCAGACCCUCAAUACGUUGGAGCUACGGUAUAAUACAGCUUCACUACAGGUCAACUACUUCCAGGGUGAACCUGUAGAAUCAGCAAUGAAGAUCACAGAGUUGGCAGAGGGAUUCGAACGCCAUCUCCCCAUUUUUGAGACUGGACAACUCACGCAUCUUUCAAUCGUAAAUCAUGUUUCUGCAGGCUCUUACCAAUGGUUGCCGCUCAUCUUGAUGAAGAACCCAAAGAUGGUAUCGCUCUCUUUCGAAGGUUGCACUCAUUGUUUUGACCUCUUCGGUACAGUUCUCAGGACCCGAGACCAGAUCAUUUCCUGGACUCGGUCCUGUGCACUCAAGACGGUUAGAUUUUGGAACAGCAAGUGGUCGAUGAGCAACUUUAUCAUGGAAGUCAAGUUUCCGGAUCCAUUGGAUCCAUAUAAUCUAUUGAUCGACAUUGACAUGCUUCAGUACUCUGAAGACGUUGGAAGAGACGGAAGGCGUGACAUGAUCGAUUUACUCGGGCAUUAUGGAGCUCUUGUAAACGACCUUACCAUGAGCCCAGCGUUUAAUGACGAGAUGGCCCAAGUCCUAGAUGAGUCGACUCAAGAGGAAGGUUCUAGCCUCCGAGGAUUGUUAAUCGAUUGUACAUCGUUGACAAUGGCGGGUCUUGACUAUAUAGACCGUAUUAUCGAACGAUCCAAGGGUCUUGAGCAAUUACGUCUUCGCUUGAGUAACUUGGCGGACAAGGAACAACAAGAACGAUGCAAGAGGUUAGUCAAGAGUUAUGCAAGUCGACUGAAUGGGUUGACACGGGUGGGCGAUGCAAUAGAGAUAGAAUGGACUCCAGAGCUUGCUCAGUGGUUACCCUUACGACAAGACUUGCCGGAGCUACAGGUGUUUGAUCAACCAUUCGCAGGCGAGGUGUCAUCCGAAUGUGUUCAAUGGAUUGCCAAUAUGAUUGGGGCUCAUCAAGGUCCAAAGACCUUUGUCAACAAUCCAAAUCGCCUUGUUCUUCCUUCAUCCUUAUUAUUUUCAACUCCUUCACCUUUGUCUUUGUCCUGUACAGGGUCUUCAUUUCCAACGCAGGAAAGUACAGCAGCAGCAGCAAGAACUCUUGGAGAGAUUGAUCUAAGCUAUCUGCGAAUUAAGCCCGAGUCAUGGAGGAUUCUUAUUCAUGCUAUUGAUUUCUCGACUCUAGAAAUCCUUCAUCUUGACCAUACGAACUUUGAUCUAGAGUUGUUCAAGGUCCUAGUGGACUCUAUCCCAACGGACAAUGGCACUGGAUUGUGCCUGAAGGCCUUGAAUAUUCAUGAGACGCACCUGAGUACGAUCACAGGAGUAUCAAACGAAAUAGCGACAUUACAAAGCCUGCUUCAUAUCCUCAGAAGCAAGUUACCAAAUUUAAUAGUUGAAGGAUAUGUGCCCUAUUUAGUCCUUUCUGUCGAACUAAAAAAACGUCGAAGCAGAAAGGGUGGAAAGGGCCGCCCUGGUGUUACAGGAGCUGCAAGCUCUUGUCGUCCAUACGGCACUGUGAGUGCUGUAGCGAGUAUCAGGAGCGCAAGCGCAUCAACCAAUACCCUAGCAGCAAAAAACAGUAAUUUGAAAAGGAGACUUGAGUAA